CUCCCUUUCACGCGCAAGACCGACAGUGGCCACGGCUUGAGCGAUGGAGCAGGCCAUGUUUACAAAGCAUGGCAAUGAGCCAAACCCUCUCGACAGCACCGGGCUCUGUCUGCUGUCCCUUGAUGGCGGGGGCGUGCGCGGACUUUCAACGCUCUACAUCUUAAAAAGCAUCAUGGAUCAACUAAACCACGAACGCAAGAAGGACAACCUCCUUCCAACAAGGCCAUGCGAGGUGUUCGACCUUAUUGGUGGCACCAGCACUGGCGGGCUGAUCGCAAUCAUGCUCGGCUGGCUCGAGAUGAGCGUAGAUGAAUGCAUUACGGCAUACAGUGACCUUGCGGAAACCGUCUUCGGUGAGAAACUGAGCCGCAUUCCAGUCAACAUCAAGGGCAAAGUUAAGCCGCGAUUUGACUCCGCAAAAUUGGAGAGUGCGAUCAAAAAAGUAAUAACGCAGUGUGGUGCGUGCGAGACAGAUUUGUUCAAUAAUAGCACAGAGCGGAGAUGUCGAACUUUUGUAUGUUCUAUUGAUCGCGAUACAAAGGACAUGGUCCGGCUCCGAAGCUACAGCCUUCCUGAUGAGCCAAGCAUUUGCGCGACAGUUUGCGAAGCCGCCCUUGCGACGUCUGCCGUCACUACCUUCUUUGAUCCUGUUAGUAUUGGAUGCCGUACCUUCGCCGACGGCGGGUUUGGUGCAAAUAAUCCAGUGGAAGAGGUGGAAGGGGAAGCUGCCAACAUCUGGUGCUCGGAAACGAGAGACUUAAUGCCUCUAGUUAAGUGUUUCAUCUCAAUUGGGACAGGAAACCCAGGCAAGAAGGCAUUUGAGGACAACAUGGCCAAGUUCCUUAGUGAGACGGUAGUGCAGAUUGCAUCGGAGACGGAGGCAGCAGAAAAGAAGUUCAUCGCUAGGUGGGCUAAGCAUUUUGAUGAGAAGCGGUAUUUCCGCUUUAAUGUUGAGCAAGGGCUGCAGAGUAUUGGGCUUGAUGAGUAUAAGAAGAAGGGGGCUAUUGAAGCGGCUUCAGAAGGGUAUCUCACCCAUAUAGCACAGAAGUCCAGAGUGCGAGAUUGCAUCCAGAACUUAAGGUUGAAGCAGAGUAUGUAUAUCUAA